AUGGAUAUUCACUGCAAAGCGGACCCCUUCACGGCGAUGCACUGGCACGGGGGUGUGAACCAGCUCGGCGGGGUGUUUGUGAACGGCAGACCCCUCCCGGACGUGGUCAGGCAGCGGAUAGUGGAGCUGGCCCACCAGGGCGUCCGGCCCUGCGACAUCUCCAGACAGCUGCGGGUCAGCCACGGCUGCGUCAGCAAGAUCCUGGGCAGAUACUACGAGACUGGCAGCAUCAAACCAGGGGUGAUCGGUGGGUCUAAACCGAAAGUGGCCACGCCAAAGGUGGUGGACAAAAUCGCAGACUACAAGAGACAGAACCCAACCAUGUUCGCCUGGGAGAUCAGAGACAGGCUCCUUGCAGAGGGCGUCUGCGACAACGACACGGUUCCCAGCGUCUCGUCCAUUAACAGGAUCAUACGAACAAAAGUCCAGCAGCCAUUCCAUCCAUCCCCUGAUGGGUCAUCUCUGUCGACACCAGGCCAUACUAUAGUACCAAGCACAACCUCUCCGCCUGUAACCAGCGCCUCCAACGACCCGGCAGGAUCCUACUCCAUCAAUGGGAUUCUGGGUAUUCCACGAUCCAAUGGUGAAAAGAGGAAAAGAGAUGAAGAUGGUUCAGAUGGUUCUGGCCCAAACAGUGAUUCUCAGGGUAGUGUGGAGAGUUUACGGAAACACCUUAGGGCAGAUGCCUUCACCCAGCAGCAGCUGGAAGCGCUGGACCGGGUCUUUGAACGUCCCUCGUACCCUGACGUCUUCCCUACAUCGGAGCACAUCAAACCUGAACAGGCUAAUGAGUACUCGCUCCCUGCCCUGAAUUCCAGCCUGGACGAAGUCAAGCCCAGUUUAUCUUCCAGCGUCCACCCAGACCUGGGCCCCAGCGUGUCGCAAAGCUACCCUGUAGUAUCAGGUCGGGAUAUGGCCAACACAACCUUACCUGGAUACCCCCCUCACGUUCCCCCCACAGGUCAGGGCAGCUACCCGACCUCAACGCUCGCUGGAAUGGUUCCUGGGAGUGAGUUUUCGGGGAACCCCUACAGUCACCCACAGUACACAACCUACAAUGACGCCUGGCGAUUCAGCAACCCAGCAUUACUAAUGCGGCAUCGAGAGGCUCCGCCCCUCCCACUGCUGCCACUGCCUAUGACCGUCACUAGUUACCAUGGAAACCAAAUCAACCUGCAGGACCAUGGCCUUAGCCUCCAUAUUGCCCCGGUGUGA